AUGUACACGUCAGAAGGACACCAACACUACGAAGGCGCCACUGGGAGUCCACUACACCCGAUAGCACCAGGUGGAAGUGGAUCUCAUAUCGGCUCAGUCCCGCCACAGGGACGUCGUUAUCAAACGGAAACGAACUCACCCUUUCCAGCUCCCAACAUUAGUGGCCCACCUCCGUUCCGCGACGCUGGAGGCCAAGGCGUCUGGGUCGGCUCGGCUAUACUGGAAAAGAGUGUUCAUCCUUGUAAGCUUGGACCUCAUCUCGAUCCUCUUGUCCGAGUUCCAUAUGGGGGAAUUGAAUACGGCCAUUAUGGAAGGUAUGACCUUUUACCUGUCACGGAGGACCAUGAAUGGGUCCCUGCCUCCUAUGGACAUAUCCCACAAGGACGAAGACCCGUAGAUGGUGGAUACGAGGAGAGCGGCGAGAGAUUGCACCACGCUAUAGCAGUCAUUGACGGUAUCAGUGUCCCAGGGAAGACAGCACCUCACUUGGAGGGAGCCCUUGUUGCAUUCGGGAACGUCGAGGCUCGCGUAGAAGAGGGAUAUUGGAUUCUGUAA